AGGGAGGGGGGGUCGUUUUCGCCGGGUCCCCCCGUCCCGUCCCGUCCCGUCCCUCCUCCCGGGUUGUGUCUGUGUGCGUCUGUGGCUGCGUCUUGUAAUCCGAGCAUUACAGGGGUUGUCUAGGCGAUGGUGAUGCUCGCGGAGGUUUUCAUGUGCUCGGCUUGUUUCCUUACCACCUCGUAUUCUUAUUCCUCCCAUAAUUAGCCUGUGAAUGGUGCAUUUCGGGAACCAAAAGAAGUCUGCCAUUAAAUUUUGGAGGGAGUUGUGGGAGGUGGAGUGGGGGGAAAUAGCGAGGGAGAGAGAGAGAGUGAGAGAGGGGAAAGAGUGUAUACGAUGGUGUGGCUGAGUGAUCCGUCUGUACGAUGAGGACUUCUCGUUGAUUACGCGGGAGUGGACUUAAGCGGUCACGAAUGUGAAAGACUAUGCGGCUCUUAAUCAGAUUGACUUCGUUACUUGGUGGAAGGGGGUGUAUAGUAACAUAUACCAUGCACUCGGUUAUGCAAUAAUGAGGGGGUCGUGUGUGGUGGAUAAGUGAUCUCUAGAAGAGACUGAUAACAAAUAUUACGUGUGGUUGCUUUAACAAGAGAAUUUGGAUCUUAGGUGAGAACAGUGGUGAAAAGAGCGUGGUUUGCUAAAUAUCUGGGUGGAGGUGAGAUGGCUGCGAAAUUGGAAGAAGCUCUAUUGAGCAUCAGUCUGGUAUGGGACCUUUCCACUCCGGCCAAGGAAAUUGUUGAGAAGGUUCGUGAGCAGGAUUUAAGUUUAAUACAAGCUCUUGAAGGGAAAUGCAAGGAUCAGAUACUUCCGCUUGCAUGUAAGCUGGCCCGGGGCCUGAAAAUCCCGGCGGUAGUAGCUUUACUACUAAAUGGGAGAAGUACGAUACUCAAUUCGGUGUUGAAAAAGGAAACCUCCGGAAUUAAUGCUCCUAUAAAGAAAUCUGAAGGUGGUACGGGCUUGACGGGCAAAAAGGUAGACAAUGUGGUUAAUGUACUUUAUAAACAAGGUGAACCUGGCCCGAAUCUUUUGGCUAGAAAGGUAGACGCUUCAGUAGUCAAUUCCUUUGGUAGAAAGGUAGACGGAUUUGACGAUUCUCCUGAAGGGACCAUUGUGGAUUUGGUGUUAGGAAUGGCAUUAGCACACACUAACUCAUGCAUUUUGAAUAAGCCGGGCGCCAAGUGUAAAUCUCUUGUAAAGGACGAGUCUGGCGAUUCAUGGCAGGGUGAAGGCAGCAGUCUUCACAGUUUAGGCUCAAGUGGUUCUUAUGCGAGCCUUGGAUAUGACAACUUUAAGCGGUUGAAAGACUGGGAAAGUGGAAGUUCAGAAAGUAGCCAGUUGAAAGAUUUUAGCAAAUGGGAUGAGAGUUUUCAAACCCUUAAACCUACGCUAGACUCAAGUGAAUGGGAGGAAGUUACCUCCAAGUCACGAAAGAAAUCAAUCAUAGCGCCAGUAGUGGUGACUAGGGAUGUUGGCGACAACAAGUUUAGGAAGACGUCGAGCGGGGGAAACGAGGUUGAGAAGUCAGCAACUUCUAGCCCUUCAAAUAUUGUCACAUUACCGGCCGGACAUGAUGGGGAAUAUAACUGUGAGAUAGCACGGAAACUUUUGGAGUGCCUACUACUUUUUAGCCCAAGACUGUCAGGUCAUGCACAGAGUCCGCAUCUCUCUCCUCUCUUACGAGCUGCUCAAGCAAAUGAUGAAGCCCUUGUCUGUCUUUUAUUAGAUGCAUCUGCACCAGUUAAUGAUAAAGAUCUAGAUGGUAACACUGCCCUCCACUGGGCUCUUCGUCAAGCCACUCCUGUAAACAGACGGACUGUAAAUAGUCAUGUAGUGAGGCGAUUGCUCAAGGCUGGUGCAAAUGUCAAGGCUGGCAACAAAUUGGGGGCAACUCCAGUACAUACAGCAGCGGGUCAUGGACAUUUUGAGGCUCUCUCAGAUAUACUGGACAAGGAUUCAAGUGGAGUCAAUGUUAUGGCGGCCACAAAGGAAACUCCUCUUCAUUAUGCCGUUAAGAACAACCAUAUUGCUUGUACAUUCCUGCUGCUCAAGAAUGGAGCCAACCGCAAUGUUGCUAGUUUGCGUAACCAGAAACCGAUACAUCUGGCACCGUCAAUGGAAAUGAAAGCUCUUCUAUUGCAAGAUGACAAGGUUUUGAAAGAGAACACCUGGGAGAGUUUCAAGCCUAUACUUGUGAAUGCAGGUUCCUUAAAUUAUCCUCAAUAUUCUUUGGCUAUACAAUCACAAACGCAGUUCUCAUCCAUUGCAGACACCUUUGGCUUUCAUCAAUCUACUCAGGAUGGCAGUACCGUCGAUUGGUUAUCUGCUCAAACACUAGCCAUUAACAGUCGGGACCUCAACCUUGGAGGUGAGAUGGGCAUGUUAGGCGGGAAAGAGUUGGUUAACUUGCCUCAGUAUAAAACUAUGAUGUGUCGUUUCUUCUCAUCCAGCGAGGGUUGUUUGUGGGGAAACAAAUGUCAUUUUUCUCACUCUGAAGAACUGACUGGUUCUGAAAGAACUGAUGGAAUAGAUUCGCGGACUGGAGGAAGUCAGAGCGAUGACGGGAGUGAUCAAUCGAUUAAGAAUUUCAAGACGAAGCUUUGCACUCAUCAUGAGAAAACAGGAAAGUGUCCUCAUGGAGCUAAAUGCACAUUCGCUCAUGGUUUAAUAGAAGUUCGAGGAGCUCUUUCAUCAGCUGCCAUAUCUAUCCGACCCCCUACUGGAAUCGACACACGACCACCUAGUGCUAAUUCCAUGGGGUCAAGUAUAGGCAGUGAUAAAGGUGAUGAGUACAUUAGUGCCCGAAAGAUCUUCGUAGGUGGUCUGCCGCACUUUAUUCAGUCGGAAGAUCUGUGGGAAUUUUUUGAAGCAGAAUUCGGAAAGGUAGUGGAUGCAGUAGUUAUUUGUGCUGUAGAUGUAGACGGGAAGGUGCGCUCGCGAGGAUUUGGUUUUGUCGUCUUUUAUGAUCCAAGACAUGCCAAUGCUGCAGUUAAACGACAUCACCUACCAUUUCGUGGAAAAAAGGUCGAGGUAAAACGAGCUAUGGCUCGCGUGGAUUAUGGUGAGGAACCUAUCAAGUUAAAUUCGCCGACAUGUCCCUCGGCGAGUUCGUCCUCCAUUCCAGCUAAAUCCGUUUCUAAUUCGCCAACAUUUGGUCCCUCUAGCCCCGUACUUCCUAGGUCUAAGGAAUUGUCAUCUGUUCCUUCAGUAGUUCCCCAGCAGGCUUGGUCGUUACCACCUUUGGCCGUAGAGUCGCUCAGAAAGCCCUCUCCCGAGAGUAACGAACCCUCACCAAAUAACAGUAUACCGUCACCUGAGAUGAAUAAGCACGUAGUUUCUCAAUACAGUGCCCCUUCUCUUUCUCAUCUUACUUUGGGCCAUAGUGGCAAUUCUCAUCUGCAGAACAGUUUGAACCAAAUUUACAACUUUGGCCCUCUGUUUCCCCAGACCAGUAGUUACUCUCCAGAUCCGGGGUUGGACAGAAACUCUUACUUAUUAGAUUCUGGUACAGGUUCUUUCUCUCCGUCUCCUUCAUAUGGUUUUACCUCUCCGUCUAGUGCUUCUAAACGUCACUAUGCCUCCAUAAAUGGCUCUCCUGUUCCAUACUCUAAUGGUACGUCUUCUAUAAAACAUGAUACAUAUCACCCGUCACAAUCCUUCUUUAGUAGCAUUCCUGGUCCCUCGCUGUAUUCCUACGCAUCUGACCCCGUGGCACCAGCUGAUGAGGAGGAGUUUACUGAGCUUCUUGCUAUGCUCCAAGGAGAAAGAGCUUAGCCAUUGUCUUGUAGUGGUUGCGGCAAUCACAUCGGGAUUUGCUCUCUGGUCUUAAUACAUGGUUGGCACCCGAGUUUUAGUGGUGAGGUUAGAAGACCUUGGUUACUUGUAUAGACAUAAUGUGCCUGGUGUACAUGUUUCUGGACACAGGGCUCUCUUGGAUCAGUGCGUGACUGUCAGGUAUUAGCUGGUGGCAGUAACUCUGCAAACCUCAGAACAUUCAAAGACUACACUAUUAUUUAUUUGAGGGUUGCAUUGUUAAUUGUUAUGGCUUUCGUGAGAUUUAUGAAUUUAUCUGCUUCAAUGAU